AUGAGUAUGGAAGCACAGUUCUACGAAGCUUUACGUCGUCAACGUGUUAUUGAACGACGUCAAACACUUGGCGUCGCGAGACAAGUUCAACAACCUAAAUAUCAACCACAUUAUGUUCCGUUUGGUGUACUUCGUCAAGAUGAUAUUCAUGUACCAUGGACAUUUAAUCCUUUACGCCGUACAAAAUUAGCUAAUAGUGAACAAAAUUUAUGUCAAAAGGGCUGUAAUGUUCAUGCUCAUCGAGCACCAUCGACACAACUACGACCGGCCUUACAUGGAAAACUUCAUAAUCGAUUUUCUUCAAUGGAUUACAUUCAACAAUGGUAA